UGCAAAACCUCUGCAGAUCGACCGAUCAAACAGCAACCAUUUCCAUGGCAACAGAUCGAGAAUCUCACGGCGGCGGCGGCGGCGGAGGCGGCGGAGGAGGAGGAGGAAGGAGUGUGAUAUUCGGUAAGUAUGAGAUGGGGAGACUAUUAGGGAAAGGAACCUUCGCGAAGGUUUACCAUGCGAGGAACGUGGAGACGUCGGAAAGUGUGGCGGUUAAAGUGAUUAGCAAAGAUCAAGUGAAGAAGGAAGGUUUGAUGGAUCAGAUCCAGCGCGAGAUCUCCGUUAUGCGCCUCGUCCGCCAUCCGAACGUGGUGGAGAUCAAGGAAGUUAUGGCGACGAAGCAGAAGAUCUUCUUCGUAAUGGAGUACGUCAGAGGCGGCGAGCUCUUCGCUAAGGUCGCCAGAGGAAGGCUGAAGGAGGAGGCGGCGAGGAAGUACUUCCAGCAGCUCAUCAGCGCCGUCGAUUUCUGCCACAGCCGCGGCGUGUCGCACCGCGAUUUGAAACCGGAGAAUCUGCUCCUCGACGAGAACGAGAAUCUGAAAAUCUCAGAUUUCGGAUUAUCCGCUCUGCCGGAGCAGUUGAGGAACGACGGUUUGCUCCACACGCAGUGCGGAACUCCGGCGUACGUCGCGCCGGAAGUUCUCAGGAAGAAAGGCUACGACGGCGCCAAGGCGGAUCUCUGGUCGUGCGGCGUCGUUCUCUACGUCCUCCUCGCCGGAUUUCUGCCAUUCCAGCACGAAAAUGUGAUGAAAAUGUACACCAAAAUCUUCAAAGCGGAUUACGAGUUUCCGCCGUGGUUCUCGCACGAAUCGAAGCGGUUGAUUUCGCGGUUGCUCGUCGCCGAUCCGGAGAGGAGGAUUACGAUCCAGGGGAUCAUGCGAACGCCGUGGUUUACCAGAGGAUUCACGAGGCCGAUCGCUUUCUCGAUCCAGGAACCGCUCGAGGAUGAAGAUGAUCGUAAGAACAUUCUAGAAACAAACGGAUCCCCAAUUCCGGAGCAGUUAGAUCUGAUUCGAUCCAAAUCGUCUCCUCCGUUCUACAACGCCUUCGAGUUCAUCUCCUCCAUGUCCUCCGGCUUCGAUCUCUCCAAUCUCUUCGAGAACCGGACGAAAUCCGGAUCGCUCUUCACCUCGCGCUGCUCGGCGACGGCGAUCAUGUCGAAGCUCGAAUCGAUUGCGAAGAAGCUCAAUUUUAGGGUUUUAUCCAGUAAGGACUACCGUAUGAGGAUGCAGGGGGUUUCGGAGGGGCGGAAGGGAAAACUCUCCGUCACGGCGGAGGUGUUCGAGGUGGCGCCGGAGGUCGCCGUGGUGGAGUUCUCCAAGUCCGCCGGCGACACUCUCGAGUACCGGAAGUUCUGCGAGGACGACGUCCGGCCGGCGUUAAAAGACAUUGUGUGGACCUGGCAAGGGGAGUCCGGCCAGGGGUAGUUUCGUCAUUUCACGUCGAAUCCAAUUUUGUGUGCUUCAGCCAAUUUUAUAUUAGUGGUUUUCUAACACUGUACAUUAUACAUACAAACAAACCUAUAUCUAUAUAUGUUUUCCUUUUUUUU